AUGAAAAUCUGGGCUAUUAUUAAGUACACAAAAUUAGGCCCCCGCACAGUGGCCUCCGUCGAUCAGCAGAUCGGAACCGGUCAUGAACCGGGAUCCGUCUCCAAGCAGAAAGACGACGGCACUCUUGAAGUCAUCAGGGGUGGCCAGUCUGUUAAGCAUGGCUCCUCUCAUCCAAGUGUCGUACAACUCAGGCUCCACGUCCAACCGCGCAAGCUGCAAGACACCGGCUUUGGAGGUGUUAUAGGCAGUGUUGGCCAAACCACGGUUUGCAAUCGAUCCAGACAUGGAGCCGAUCAAAACGAUCGAUCCUGGAACGUUGGCUGCAACCAGAACUUUGGCUGUGUGUUUUGCCAUGACAAACGAACCAAUAAAGUUGAUAUCCACGAUCUUUCUAUACAGAUCGAGAGGAUAGUCGAUAGCCGGCAGGGCCUGGUUAACACCGGCACAAUUGACCAAUCCGUGGAUCGGGCGGCCGGCGCUGGCGGCCUGCUCAGCGAGUUUUGGCAGCAGUUCUUCGACCUCGGCUUCGUUGCUGACGUUCAACUGGUUGAAAGUCAACGAGCCCCCGUUUUCCUCAGCCAAUGCUUUGGCCGCGGACCAUUCCUUAGAAACCGGCUCUGGGAGCAGGUCAAAAGCAAUUGCACUUCCCCCAACCUCAAGGAUGGCACAGAUUAA